UUUUGACUUUUUAAAAAGAGUAAAUUGACGGAGGAAGUAUGUUUUUGCUCCCGUGAUAGUACCUUCUAGAACUCGCUCCCGCGUAUGAAUAUCUCAUACAAUUGAACAUUCUCUUUCGCUACCGUCGUCUGUCUCAAACCUGACACGUCUUCAAUUUGAAUUCUUUCGUUUAGAUGUCAGGUAAUAGAGACACACACUGGUGCUAUCAAUGCAUGCAGUCAGUUCGUCUUCGAGGUCUUAAUUCAGUUUGCCCCUAUUGCUCAGGAGGAUUCGUGCAAGAACUGAAUGAGGUGGUUGUCAACGAACAGCCUGACUUUGGGCUAAUUCAUGAACAUGGUGCUGCUGAAAACAUGUUCAUGGAUCCAUAUGCAGAAUCCGUAAACAACCUCGUGGAUGCCUUUGCCGAAUUAAGGAGGAUAAGAAUGGCUGGUACAAGAUCUUCUAGUGCUGGUAGUUCUGCUAAUGAUAUAUUUGAGAUCAUAAUGAAUAGAAUGCGAAUGGACUCAGGGGCUUUUAGUGAUAGUAAUUUCUUUACGGAUUCUGAAUUACAAGAGUUUGUGGAACGAAUUGUAGCAAGUGAUGGUAGUCAGGGCCCACCUCCAGCAACCCGGUCUGCAAUUGAUUCUUUGCCAACUAUUAGGAUAACAAACACACACCUUAACACCGAUUCUCAAUGUCCAAUUUGUCAAGAUAAGUUUGAAUUGGGGUGUGAAGCUAGGAUGAUGCCGUGUAGCCAUAUGUACCAUUCUGGUUGUAUAGUACCUUGGUUAUCUGAGCACAAUUCUUGCCCUGUUUGCCGGCUGGAACUGCCACCUCAAGGUACUAGUAGUCGUCAAAGUCAGGGAAGGAGGAAUCGACUAUCGUUUUUGUGGCCUUUUGGGUCUUGAUCCAAACUUAAGAAAUUGACAGGGGGAUAAUUGCUAUGGGCCGGUUUAGUUGACUGCUAUGUAAGGUAAUCCUUUAUGCAUCUUUGUUUCAAUUUUGUCGCCAUCUUUGACAUGAGAAAUGUGUGCUUGAGAUGGGUUAUUGAUCUUAAUGUGGCUGCUAUACAUAUAUAAUGGUAAUGGUAAUCUUCCAUGUAAAUGGGUAUCACACAUUCUUGAUGUUUUCAGAACGAGAACUUUGAACUUUUGCAUGGUGUUCUUGGUCCAAAAUUUCAUUAUAGACCUAGAACCAGGGUGCUUUUAUUUAUGUGUCAAUACACAGGGUAAGUUUCUUUAAUUUCAAGGCCGUUAUAUGUGUCUGCACAUGUACAAGAUACACCGUGUAUGAUUGACGUUUAGGGUAUUUUUUGUUAAUUUACAUGGACUCCCCUUUUAAACAGAAUAACAUGUUGAUUGAAAACACUUGAUUUUUUUUAUUGAUGAUGAAAACUCGUAGUCCUA